CAAGAACCUGUUGUGUUUGAUUACGAUGAAAUGGCCGAGCUACUAAAGCCUCUUUCGGAAUGUUAUCCGGUUUAUCAGUUUAUUGAUGGGAUUUCGCCAUAUGUCCCGGUAAUUACAAGGAAAAUUGAUCCUGAAUAUGAGACUCGAAUUGAAAAGCUAAGAAGAGAGCAGGUAUGUUCGAGUUAA